GGUUAUGAAUGUUGGAUCUGAUUAAUUAAUUUGUUAUUGGGUAUUCCCUGAGUCAUAAUUUUAAUUUUUUUUUUGUUGGAAUGUGAUCUCCCACUCAUCACCAACCAGUAUUCAAGGCAUAUAUUCCUAUUUCACAUCGUUUAACCAAUCAUCAUUCCAAAAUGAAUGGCAUUAAGAUGCAAGAAGAAAUGAACAACAUUCCAUUAGCUGAUGAUGACCCACAAGUUAUCAUCACUGAAGAAGGAGAUGUUACAGAAAUGUCUCAGGCCUCUGAUCCAAUGGUGCAUGGACGCAGUAUGGACUCUAUUCCUUCUACAUUUACAAAUGGAAGUAGUAGUCCUGGACCAAAUAGCUUGGAUCCAGACAUAAGCCCGGACGAACAAGAAGAAAAGGCGAGAUUGAUUUCCCAAGUAUUGGAGUUACAAAAUACAUUAGAUGAUCUGUCCCAGAGGGUUGACAGUGUGAAAGAAGAAAAUUUAAAGUUACGUUCUGAGAAUCAGGUUCUCGGGCAGUACAUUCAAAACUUGAUGUCAGCAUCGAGCGUUUUCCAGUCAACAUCACCCAAGACCAAAAAUAAAUAAUUAAGCUGCACGGAGCUCACUACACCCAUAUGAGAUAUUUAGUAUUUAAAAGCAUUCAGCACAAUCUAUAGUGUGCAAUAACACGUCGUCUAUUCUUGGUUUUUUAACGUAAUCCAGAAUGGAGCAGUCAGAAGAGUACUGCCUUGUCGCCAUCAAUUCAAUUUUUGAUCUGUGAGUUGCUAAUAAUUUAGAAUAAUUGUUGUCCAUAUGUAUGUUUAAUUCUUGAAACUUGUUAUGGUUGAUAUAUGAAUAUUGUAAGAGAAUAUAAUUUUUCCAAUUAUCUUGAAAUUAUUUGUUUUUGCAAAAUUAAUUUAUUAUAUUCAAAACUGCCUGCAAGCUUUUGUGAUGAACACUUUUCAAGCUUGUUUAAAUUAUCAGACAUCAUCUUCAAUACCACUGAGAGCAGUAAGAAUACUAAGACCAAUUACUGUAAGGUAUCGUUGUGAGUCAAAAUAGAUCUUUCCACUCUGAAAAGAGUUAAUGAAACAUUUUUCUUAAAAAUUCUGUGCUUUUAGGAUCUAUUUGUAUUUCUGUUGUGGAAUGAUAUAUUUUAUGAAAACUAGAUUUCUUGCAGUUCUAGCUUUCUUCAAUUGUUAUAUAUAUUUUUUAUGAUUAUGUUUUUGUAUAUUUAAGUUUUUUUUUUUAUAAAUCUUAUCUUUACAAAGUUUAUUUAUGCCAAAGAAAUUGUAUUUUAUUUCUGAUAUUUUGGAAUUAUAACUUUUUAUAAAU